AAUUCAAAACUACUGUCACAUGGAUGUGUUAUCUGGUUUUUUGUUUACAAAAAUAUUUACGAAACUUAAAUGAAAGAUGUCCUCGUUUUUAUGCUUCAUCUGCCGCAAUACAGUGAACACUGAUACCAAUGAGGAUUCACGAGAAAAAUACAAAGAAAUCGUCGGAAUGAAUCUGUGUCCGGAUUCUCACCUCUGUUACAUAUGUGAUCACCUUGUAAACAAACUAUGGCUAUUUAAAUCUUUGUGCCUGAAAAGGAGUCUGGAAUACCCGGUGUUGUUCAGCGCCAAAGGCACAGUGAACUUACAAAGAAGUACAAUAAAACCAAUAAUACUAUGUACAGAAGAAAUUUGCUCACGGACAGACGCAAACCAAUUUUAUAUAGAGAACAAAGAUCAAAGCAUAAAUAGCCAUGAUUAUAUUAAAUUAGAAGAUGAUCGUGAUGACUAUGAAGAAAGUGACUAUUUUCAUGAAAAACCUGUAAAGGAAGGCGUGAAAUGUACUGAUCAUUUAGAUAUGAAUGACGGUGAAAUGUAUAAUAAUCAUGAAGAAAUGUAUGGUAACGAUGGUGAGACGUUUGGCAACGAUAGUAUAACGUAUAAUAAUGACGCAGAAACAUGUAAUAAUGACGGUAAAACAUUUGUAAAUGAUGGUGAAACAUAUAAUAAUAGUAGACAAACAUAUAACAAGGAUGGACAAACGUAUGGUAACGAUAGUCAAACGAUUAACAAUGAUAAUGAAAUGUGUGACAAUGUUAGUAUAACAUAUAAUAAUGAUGAAGAAACAUAUAGUAAUAAUAGUCAAACAUAUGGCAAUGAAAGUGAAAUAUAUGGCAACAAUAGUCAAAAAUAUGGCAAUAAUAGUGAAAUAUAUGGCAAUAAUAGUCAAACAUAUGGCAACAAUAGUCAAAUAUAUGACAACAAUAGUCAAAAAUAUGGCAACAAUAGUCAAACAUAUGGCAACAAUAGUAAAAUGUUUAAUAACGAUGAACUAACGUAUGGUAACGAUAGUGCAACAUAUAAUAAUGAUAAUGAAUUAGAUAAUAAUACUAAUACAGGAGUAAAUCAAGAUGAUAUGGCUAAUGUUUAUGAAAAUAACGACUUAAAUGCUGAUAACGUUGCAAUGUCUGAUUACUAUGCUGAAGAGAAAAUUGAGUGUUUAAAUGAAAUUAGAAAUGAAUGUGGUGUUCAAGAUGUGGGGGAAAGUGAUGACAAAAAAUCCGACGAAAACGCAUCAAAAACUAAAACGAAAGCCUUUGAGAAGAUUCUUCUGUCUUUCGAAGAGCAGAAGGCAGAAUUAGAACAGCAGAGAAGGAGCAAGAAGUAUCUAGAAGCUGAGUUUAAGUGCUAUAACUGUGCGCUCGGGUUUCUCUUCAAGGAUACGUAUCAGACCCAUAUGAUGAGGCAUGAGGAAUCAAACGGCGAAUACCGCUGCGACGUCUGCUCGCUUCGUUUCGCGACGGGCGCGGUGCUCCGCUCGCACGCGGCGCUGCACGCAGCUCGCUACAGAUGCCUGCAUUGCUCGCUGUGGGUGCGAGCUCGACAGACCAAUACACACGCUAAGUACUGCCACCAGAGUGCUACUGUGGCUACCUGUCAUCUCUGUGGACGGCUGUUUCAAGACUCGAGCGGUCUACAUCAGCAUUUGAAAAGGUUUCAUAUGACACGACCCGGGAAUCGAACCUACUCGUGCAGCGUUUGUGGGAAGAAUUAUAAUAACCAAGCCGCUGUUAGGACGCAUAUGAUCAAACACAUCCACCGCAAAUUCUCCUGUGACCAGUGCGCCUCAAUAUUCAGCAGUCCGUACACUCUCUCCCAGCAUAAGAAGAAACAUGCUAACACAGAAGAGAGUAAACAAUACUACUGCGAGACGUGUGGCGUCUCUUAUUCGACGAGGAAGAGUCUGUUGGCUCACCAGAGGCAGAGUCUCAAUCAUCAGAGUCGAUCAUACGAAUGCCCAAUUUGCAACAGGGCAUGUCCCAAUGAAAAAUCUUUGUCGUCCCACAUAUCAGCAGUACAUUCAACUACCAAGGAUUAUUGCUGUUCUACUUGUAACGCGCGCUAUACGAAUAGGAAGUCUCUAGUUAGACAUAUCAGGUCCCACACAAACCCUACGCCUGUAAAGCUAGCUUAUUGCCAUAUUUGUGGGAAUAGUUUUAAAGGUAAAAGCAAGCUAAACAGGCAUCUCAGAGAAGUGUGUGAAAAGGACAAAUUAGAAGAAGAAUUAUCUUCAUACUAUGAUCAUCAACAUGUGAUAUAAAUGUGUCGCCUGGACAGUCACCGCUACCAUCAGUUGACUGGACAAUCUCUUUACAUGAGCUGCUGUUUACAUGUGAACAUUAGCUCAUGACGAUACCUAAGUGUGUAGUGUAAUCUUAAUAAAUGUUUAAAUAUUGA